CCGCGUCUACAGGCGUCUGAAAUUCGAUCAUCCACGGUGAUCAAAGAGGAGGUAGACCUCAACCGAGCACAGCCGUUCCGUCGUCCUCUCCAAGUUCUAGCCGUACUCUUUGACUACCUAUGGCGGAAAGCACACGCCGGUUGCCAUCUUGGAUGCUCGCUACCCCGCCGCCUGCUGCUAGCAGCGAUGCCGCCGAACAACAACCCAAGACCAAUACGAGCAAGGGAGGGCAUCUCAAGGUUUCCCCGAGGAACGGCAACGCUAAAAAGAGAAAGAAAGCCAAUCGAGACGAAACUGCAGUUUCUCAAACUACUCCAUGCGGCGAUGGUGUAGUUGAGCCCCCGGGGGACGAUCGCCUCCUCACGGUUCAAGACCUAGUCGCCAUCGCCGAGGAGUACGUCAGAGCAGCUAACGAUGUUGGAUCAGAGAAAAAUCCGUCUAUCAAGGGAGAAUGUCGAUCACGAGCAGUCUCUUCCGGGAUUGAUUUGCAAGGCGGUGUUACUGUUAAUAAGCACAAUUCACCCGCCGCUUCUUGUAGCUCAAUGCAGAAAUCGACCGCAGAACAAAUCCCCGUAACUGUCAGCACAACAGGGGAUCCUGCGCACGACAUGCUGCAUCUCUUUCUAGGCCCCUUGCUCACGAAACCGGUUACGAAUGAAAAGAACGAUGUAUCAAGCAGAAUGGAUUUGGACUUUGCUUUUGAUGCAAUGAGGCAUUCUCACAAUCAUGUUGAGGCAGCAGCGGUCCCUCCUCCAUUGAAAGAAAAGAAGAAGAGCAGUCUUAGAGACAAGGUAUCUGGAUUGACAAAGGAAAUAUGGGCAGAUUUCUGAGAGCUCCCAGUGACUAUUUUCUGCAAACUAUCACCGCAUUGUGCUUGAUUGUACACAGUUCAAGUGCCUCUGGCAAUCAUUUGCAGGUAAAGGGAUCUUUAGUAAUGAUGCUGGUAUGAAGUGCUAGUCAAUGCAGAUCAUCUAACUAUCGAUGUGUGCUCUCAUUAUGCGAUUUUCACAUGUUAUAUGAUGAUCAUCUCCACGUUCUCUGGGUGAUGCUUGAUCAGCUAAUGAUUGCUGUGGCUCUCUGUUUAGGCAGGAGAAGCCUUCCUUUUCAUAGAAGUAACCACAGCCGGCUGGUUUGCGGUGUUUACUAUGUACCAAGGCUACUGAAGUUAACAACGCAACUCAGAAGAUGAAUCAGUUUGCACUCAGGAAUAAGGGUGGAUUCACGAAGUUUCUUUUUAUCCUUUCUCAAGAAUUCCAACCUCUGUGGGAACCCACUAAAACUACUCCGGAAGAAAUCGGCUUGGGAUCAGGAAGAAGUCAAACUUCCCUUAUUUCAGAAGAAUUUGAUGACAAAGGCCCAAUGGCAAUCUUACAACAAUCUGCUUUCACAUGUCCAUAUCCACGUGUGGGUGGUUUUGAUAUCUGUUUUUUCUUGCUCGCGCAUGUGGAAGGGAAGAAAAGGAUGGAUUUGCUUAUCAAGAAUGAAUGUGAAAUGGUGGCACCUGAGGAUUAAUCCCCAUUGCACAGGUUUUACAGCCACCCAUCUGGAAUCCUUCAUGAGCUGAAGCCCCCCAACUUCAUCUUGAGACAGAAUGGUGAGAAAAUCACUAUCAGUGUGAGGCACCAAGCCAAAGACCUCUGGGGAAGUUGGACAGGCUGGGUAUCGGUUGAGGCGCAGAAAGCAACUGCUUUCUUGACAAAUGUCUUCGAAAUCCCCCCUUGAAUGGCCUAAGUUUUCAACCAAGACCCCUGCAAGUGUUCCAGCUAGCUCGGCCAUUGCUGCUGCGAAUUCCACCAUCACUUCCCUGAUGAAGAAAACAGGAAGAAGAAAAAAAAGAGAACAUCAGAGAUGAAGAAGUAAGUGGGCGAGAAGAAAUCACAAGACUUUUCUAUCUAUAGCUUUGCAACAAGCACCUUAAAGAAGUGAAGUUGUCUCCGUAGCAGUCCUUGUGGGAGACCUUGGAGAGAGGAACAUGGAAAGCCUCGGACCAUGACAACUGCUUGGGACAGGUAGCUGUGGGCGUACCCCAUCUGUAGGAAUUGUUGAGCAGCCCGCCACUGACCUUGUCGUCGAAGGGCAGUCGGAACAGCCUGGACUGCUCGCUCCUCAUCUUCCUAACGAGCCCCGGGUUGAUCCCGUGGUUGACGACCUGGAAGAAACCCCACUCCGACGAGGCCCUGCAUAUUGCAGCCGCACAAGCUGCUCUCUCCCUCUCGUCGCGGCUGCCGAGACCCCUGAGGUCUAUCAGGGGCAGCUGGCAUUCUUCCAUUGCUGAGGCCGCGGGGAGAGGAUGGUGGUCGGAAGGCGAGAGGCGGGAAACCUGCUCGUAAUGGCGAAACAGAGGAGGGUUGGUGGUCUUGAGCAUGGUUUGACGAACGAAAGAGGGGUUGAGUUAGGGAGAGGGGAGAAAGCUGGUGGUGUUGGUGAAGGAGAAGAGGGUUAAUAAAGGAGAAGAGAAGUUGGGCGGGAGGGAGAGUUAAGUUAUGUAAGAGAGAGCAUAAACAAGGAGAAAAGAACAAGAGGAAGAGAAGGAAGGAAGGCCUUCAAAAUCACGACAGUUGGCAAUUGGAGCGCAUUUCACUCUGGAAAGGUCUAUGCUUGGCUUGCUGCUGCUGCCUCCGACUUGGUCUAUGACGUACACAGAUUUUCUCUCCUUAAAACAACAAAAGGUGGAAAAAAAGGAACGAGUAGGGGCGAAGAGCCCGAGAGCGAGAGAGAGGCAGAGGCAGAGUUUUCUGAAUGGCUGGAACAAACUAUAUAAAAAUUGCAUGGAAAGGAAUCGAACCCGCUUUUCUUCUUCAUUUUUAAAUUGACUUUUUUUUUUUGGCAAAAGAGGAAAGGUGGUUCCCAUUGGUGGGUAUAUUGAGGCGGGGGAUUUGGCAUUUUCCCAUUCUA